AUGGAUCAUUUGAAGAUCACGAAGGAACACCGUCAAGUUGUCAAUCGCUUCAAAAGAGCAAUUGGGGACAACACAAAAACGAAAGGCCCUUUUGAUUUGUCGACACUAAUAACGGCAGAACAGUCAUCAAGUCGCUUUCAUACUCGGUUUGAACCAUCUGGCUUCUCUGCUGAGAAGUUCGAGCUUUACAAGAAAUAUCAAGUCAAGGUCCAUGAUGAUGAUCCCUCUGAAGUUACGGAAAGGCAAUUCAAAAACUUCUUGUGUGAAACGCCAUUUCCUGAUUCGGAAGUACAAGGUACAAAGGAUGCGUGGAGUAGCCUAAAUAACUGGGUAAGCGAAUGGAGAGGUGACGUCAAAAAGACAAAGAAACGCAUAGGACCUACCCAUGAGUGCUACUACCUUGAAAACAAGCUCAUUGCCAUUUCCGUGCUCGACUUCCUUCCUAGUGGAUUAUCAUCGAUAUAUUUCAUAUGGGACCCAGACUAUGCACAUUUGUCCUUAGGUACUCUUUCUGGUUUGAGAGAGAUUCAAAUGUGUCGCGAGUUAGGUCUAGGAUAUUACUAUUUGGGUUAUUAUAUCGAUGACUGCCCCAAAAUGAAAUAUAAGGGUAAAUUUGGGGGACAACUCUUGGACUUGGUGAAUAAUGCAUGGGUGGAUCUCAAGGAUGUGAGGCCGUUGAUAGAAAACGAUCUCUUCUUCACUUUGGGUGAGAAGAGUGAACCGCUCAAAGAACCGACUGUAUCUCAUAAGGAGAAAGGCAUCGUUUGGCCAGGGCCUAUUAAAAAUAUCAGUGACGCUCUUUACGGUGACAGAAAUACGUACGAAAGCGCUGGAAACAUACUGAAACAGCUAAUCCAAAAAUACAAGCUUGACGGCUUUGAAUUACCAGAUGUUUUACCGGGAGCUUUGCCCUUGUGGGCCUUACAGAAGAUUCUAGAGUCGGAAGCAGGAUUCGAGGCGUCAAUUCUUAUGAUGGCAACAGGUACAUGGGGGUCAUUCCUGCUCGAUGAAAUGAUGCCUGUGAUGAGAACUUACGUCCUCGAUUUCGUGAGACUCUUCGGCCUUGAGAGAAUCAAAGAAACUAUUAUCAUUAUGUGA